AUGUGCUUCGAGGUGGUCGGCAAGUUCGUCUCCUGGAUCGACAUCGGCCUGGUGGCCAACGAGCGCUUCGUCGCCGUGCUGGCGGCCGCCGACUGUCUGCAUGACAUCACGCACAAGGGCAUGGAGCCUGUGCCCAAGGUGCAGCUGGUCGAGUCGCUGUUCGCCGUGCUGCAGCAGGCGGCCGUGUUCCAGCUGCUGGAGCGCGUCAACGACCAGACGCCGGCCGAGGACGUCGACUAUCUCUGUAAGCUGGGCAAGGUACUGAACGGCAUGGGCAUCGAGCUGGUGCUCUGCUACCACAAGCUGGCCAAGGCGGCCAUCGGUGCCAAGGUGCAGCACAUGCUGGCCUUCCUCAAGUGCGACUACGACGACCCUUCGCGCAGCGUCAUCGACUUCGCCCGCGACUACGUGCAGUUGUUGAAGACGAAGCCGAUGCUGUCUGAGGCCGAGACGGGCCACGUCCGUGACAUGGUCUACGUCAUCAUCCACAAGCUCAAGUACGACGAUGACUACGACUUCCAGGCCAUGGGCGAGGAUGAGGCCAUGUUCCAGGAGUACAGGAAGCGGCUGAAGGUGCUGUACGACAACCUGGCUGCCGUGGACCGGGACCUGGUGCUGCACAUCACGCAGCAGUUCAUCUGCUCCACGCUCGACUGCUGGAAGUCGCUGCCCAUGCGGGACGUGGAGGCCGCCAUCACCAUGCUGUACAUGCUGGGCGAGGCGCUGCCGCCCGCCUCCGCUGGCAACUUCUUCUCCGACGAGCCGGCGAAGGUGACGCUGCUGCAGACGAUGAUGCGCCGCCUGGUAACCUCAGACGUCGUCUCGUACCCGCACCACAUCGUGCCGUUUCAGUACUUCGAGACGGUCUCCCGCUACGAGAAGUUCUUCACCGUGGAGGCGGCCCUCCUGCCGCAGGUGUUGACUGCCUUCCUGGACGAGCGGGGGAUGAACCACCCCAACGAGCGCAACAGGGCGCGCGCUGUCUACCUCUUCUCGCGUUUCAUCAAAUGUCUCAAGGUGCAGAUGGGCCCGUUCACGGACACCAUCCUGGGUCAGAUCAAGAACCUGCUCUCGCUGGACCCGUCCGACGCCACGCUGCUCAACCGCGAGGACCAGCUGUACCUCUUCGAAACCGUCGCCGUCCUCAUCAUCUCGGCGGCGUCGGACAAUAAGUGGUAG